AUGUCUUCAGCUCCGAACAUUAUGGGUCAUGAUAACGUAACGAUGAUGGGUGAAGAUUUAGAAGCGACUCGAAAAUCCAAUGAGAGUAUCAUUGAAGAGUUUACUGUGGCGAUGUCUGAGAGAGAUGAAAAUGAAAUCCGAUUGUCCAUAAAUGGUGAUCGUAUAAUCAGCGAUUUAUCUCCACGAAUUACAAUUACAUUUUAUAACAUUUGUAAAAAAAUUGAUGUUCCAGGAAAAAUGAUUGAUCCAAAAUCAAAAGAAAAAACAAUUCAGCAAACUUUACUUGAUAAUAUAUCUGGACAACUUCAUUCAGGAGAAAUAGUUGCACUUAUGGGACCAUCAGGUUGCGGUAAAACAACAUUGCUCAAUAUAUUAGCUGGGAGAAACUUAGAUGGUGUUAGUGGAAAUAUUUGGCUUAAUAAUCAACUUUAUGAAAAAAGUAUGAAACGUAGAUUUGGUUAUGUUUUACAAGAAAAUAUUUUUUUCGAGGAACUCACUGUUAAACAACAAUUAACAUAUACAGCUUUACUUCGAUUACCAAAUACUUUAACACGAAAAGAUAAAUUAGCUCAAGUCGAACAAAUUAUUCAACAAUUACGUCUUGAAAAAUGUUCUAAUGUUCCCAUUAAACUUAUUUCUGGUGGAGAAAAAAAACGUGUUAAUAUCGGCACAGAAUUAUUAACUAAUCCCAGUGUUAUAUUUCUUGAUGAACCAACAUCAGGAUUAGAUAGUACAUCAGCAGUACUUCUUCUUUCUGUUCUUCGUGAAUUAACUUUACAAGGUAAAACAAUUAUAACAUCAAUUCAUCAACCAUCAUCUCAAGUUUUUCAAUCGUUUGAUCAACUUAUUUUAUUAGCAGAUGGAAAAACUGUUUUUAUGGGUGAACCGGGAAAUGCUAUUGAUUAUUUUGCUACAUUAGGUUAUGAAUCACCUCCACGAUAUAAUCCAGCUGAUUUUAUAAUGGAUCUUGUUAAUCAAGAUACAAAAGUUCGUGAAGAAUUGAAAGAAGCUUAUAUUAAAAAUAAAUAUUUUAUAAAUAAAAAUAAAUCAUAUAAUCAAAUGGAACAAUCUUCACAAUUAUAUUUAACUGAAUCUCAAAAAUAUCUGAUUGGUGAACCAAAUGGAAGUGAAAUUGAUUUAAUUAAUGAAAAUAAUAUUCAAUUAAUCACGGAAAAUAAUAACUGUAAAUGGCCAAUUAGUUUUACUGCACAAAUAUAUAUUCUUUUCUCACGUAAUUGGAUAUUAACAAGUAAAGCGCAAUUUAGUAAACUGAACUGUAUUCAAGCAUUAUGUAUGUCCAUUUUAUAUGGUCUUUUGUGGUUACGUAUGAAAUUAAAAGAAGAUGCUUUAAGAGACCGUAUUUCGUUCAUAUUUUUUAUGAUGAUAUUUUGGCCAUUGGAAAUAUGUUUUCAAGGAAUAUUAUCUAUUCCAAGUGAACGUUCUGUUAUUAAUAAAGAACGUGCAAGCGGUUCAUUUCGUUUAUCAGCUUAUUAUAUUGCAAAGUGUUUAUCUGAAAGUCCACUUAAACUUAUUUUACCAAGUAUUUCAUUUACUAUUGCAUAUUGGAUGACAAAUUUAAAUCCGAGUUUUCCUAUAUUUCUUGGUAUUCUUGCAUUUUUAUUAAUGGUUGUUCUUGUUGCUGAAUCAUUUGGAGUUUUACUUGGAGCAUUAUUUCGAAAUGUGGGAGGAGA